UCACUCUUCUUCAGUCAGAGCAGAGCCAUCACGGCAUCCUCGCUCCCUCCCCUCCCUCCCUUCCUCCUUUCCCACCCUUCUCUCUCUCUAGCCGCCGUGCUCUCCUUUUCUAUCUCCACGGCAGGCUUCUCCCUCCCUCCCCCUCAUCCCCAUUGCCUUUGGGAGGCUAUAUAGGGCGGGACUGGACUGGAUUGGAUUGGAAAGGGAGCUCCCGGCGAGUUUGAACCCACCCCACCCCACUUUUCUCGCCUCGUCCCCUCGCGCUUCCCGCCGCCGACGCCGCGUCUAUCUGGUCUAGGACCAAAUGCCGCGAGAUCUUCGCGCGUGACGCCGUCCCCCCCGCCGGAGCCGCCCUCCGAGCUCCGGGCCACGGAGCGCUUCGUCCCGGAUCUCUCUGGUGGCUCAGGACAGUAGAAAGGAAAGGAGAAAAGCUUGUUGUGUCUGUGUGUGAGCUGCAGACCCCGAGAGGAUGGAUCAGUAUGAGGUGCUGGAGCAGAUUGGGAAAGGAGCAUUUGGUUCUGCACUCUUGGUGAGGCACAAGGCCGAGAAGAAGAAGUAUGUGCUCAAGAAGAUACGGCUCGCGCGGCAGACCGACCGCACACGCCGGUCUGCCCACCAGGAGAUGCAGCUCAUCGCGACGGUCCGGAAUCCGUUCAUUGUGGAGUACAAAGAUUCAUGGGUGGAAAAGGGUUGCUACGUUUGCAUUGUCAUCGGUUACUGCGAGGGAGGAGACAUGGCUGAAGCUAUCAAAAAAGUCAAUGGAAACCAUUUCUCGGAGGAGAAACUUUGCAAGUGGCUUGUGCAACUUCUCAUGGCUCUCGAUUAUCUGCACGCAAAUCACAUUCUUCAUCGGGAUGUGAAGUGCUCCAAUAUAUUUAUUGCCAGAGAUCAAAGCAUACGCCUUGGUGACUUUGGUCUUGCGAAAAUAUUGACUUCGGAUGAUCUUGCAUCCUCUGUGGUAGGAACACCAAGCUACAUGUGCCCAGAACUUCUUGCCGACAUACCGUAUGGUACUAAAUCUGAUAUUUGGUCUCUAGGAUGUUGUAUUUAUGAAAUGGCAGCUCUCAGACCAGCAUUUAAAGCCUUUGACAUGCAAGCCCUCAUUAGCAAGAUCACAAAGUCGAUAGUAUCGCCGUUGCCCACGAGAUAUUCUGGUUCCUUUAGGGGACUCAUCAAGAGCAUGCUACGGAAAAGCCCAGAACACCGACCAAGCGCUGCAGAACUGCUGAAGCACCCACACCUCCAGCCAUACGUGCUGCAGGUCCAGCUGAAGUCCAGCCCCUCUCGCACCACGUCCCCAAUCUACCAAGCUCUGACGGACAAAGUGAAGAAGAUGACGUUCGUGAGCGACACCGCCGAUUCCGCGAGGAGGAGGGCUGCGAGACGGAGCUCUCUGGGGAGCGAGAGGACCGUGACGUUCUGCAAGCCAUCCCCCGAGCGCAACUCCGUCAGCUCCACGCGGAGCAUCAAGGAGUACACGACGACGACCCAGAGUGCCAGGGAGCUCUCUGUCGGCAGCAGCCUGCAGGUCGACGACGAGGUCACGAGUAAGGCUGUUGUGACGAAGACGGCAGGCGUUCUACGGACUCCCAGCAAGAGCCGUGCUCCGGCAUCUAAGACGUUGGUGGCGGCUAGAAGCCGGCUGGAUCCUCCGAAGACGUCCUAUGCCAGAACGAACCGUGCCGAGUUGGACUCAAGGACGCCUCUGAGCAAGAGCAGCGCGCGGACGGCAAGGAGAGCAUCCCUCCCGCUGGCGGCGUACAGAGCACCCAGCGGCGGCCGCGCCGGUAGCUUCCUGGAGCAGCUGGACUCGCCGGACGUGUCCGUGAACGCGCCGCGGAUCGACAGGAUCGCGGAGUUCCCCCUAGCCUCGUCCGAGGAGCCCCUGGCGCCCAUGAACAAGAAGCUGUCCUGCUCCACGCCUCCCUUCAGCACCCGGUCCAUCACGAAGGACAAGUACACGGUGCAGGCGGUGGCGCCGCGCGCGGGCGACGGGGACACCGCCGCGAGCGACUCGUCGGGGCGCAACGCCACGGCUGCGUCCAGCCGUGGGUCCAGCGACUCGUCGUCGAGGCAGCAGCAGCAUCACUUGCAGCAGCGGUUCGACACGUCGUCGUACCAGCAGCGCGCCGAGGCGCUGGAGGGCCUGCUGGAGUUCAGCGCGCAGCUGCUGCAGCAGGAGCGGUACGAGGAGCUUGGCAUCCUGCUGAAGCCGUUCGGCCCCGAGAUGGCUUCCCCCCGGGAGACAGCCAUCUGGCUCACCAAGAGCUUCAAGGAGACGGCGCCGUCGUAGCCGUGGGACGAGCGGGAGGAAGGGGUAGGGGUAGGUAGGUAGCUGCCAGUUUUGUAACGUGCGAUGUACUACUAGCUCAGGUAGUUUAAGCUAAUGUUAGGACAUAAAAGUUCUCGUGUUGUAUUAGCUAUUCUCCAGUUUCCAGUAGGAAUUCGAGCGAUCAGUGGUAGCAUUAGAGAGGACACUGCAAGCUGAGCCCAGGAUCUGGCAAAGAUCUUGAAACCUUGAUGUAUCGAAUCAUGUGUCACUUGCAAUGCAAUGUGUGUAUGUAGUACGUACUAAACA